AUGAAGUGUCCAGUGUGUAACAAAGAAGUUUACUUCGCUGAACGCAUUGAAGCACUGGGUAAGGACUGGCACCGCAGCUGUUUAAAGUGUGAAAGAUGUUGCAGACCAAUUACUCCAGGUUAUCAUUGCAAGCGUAACGGCCGAAUUUAUUGUUAUAAACCUUGUUACAUGACUCUGUAUGGACCAAGAGGAUAUGGUGCAGUUCCAAACAAAAAGUUACGUUGUGUAAGCUCCAUGAAAUGCCCUUCAUGCAAUAAGGAGGUCUACUUUGCUGAGCGUGUCAAUUCACUUGGAAAAGACUGGCAUCGUCCGUGUUUGAAAUGCGAAAAGUGCAAAAAAACGCUGACUGCGGGUUCCCACUGUGAACAUGAUGGUAAACCCUAUUGUCAGAUUCCAUGUUACCAAGCACUGUUUGGACCCAAAGGUUAUGGGUCAGUGGCCAGCAGUCACGUCUACAAAUAG